AUGGAUUACGACCUUCCAGAGGAAGGGAUAGAGGCCUUCUAUUCCUUGUACGAGAGGCUAUCAUCAUACUUGGUGGAAAAAGAGGCCUAUGAUCGAGUCGCGACCUUAGAAAUUGUUAAUGAAGAGUUCUCUGACCAAGAAGAGGAGGAAGAAGAGAUUCAGAUUGCUCCAGCGGCAUUGGAUGACACACCUCCGAUGGUGAGGGACCCUACUGAGAAAGUCAAUCUAGGAACAACUGAUGAGCCUAUAGAAGUGGCUAUCAGCGCUUACUUAGAGCCUAGCGAGAAACAGAGGCUCGUCGACUUAUUGUUGGAAUUCAAGGACUGCUUCGCGGAAAAAUACGAAGACAUGCCAGUGCCUGUUCGCAAGAAGAGUGGCAAAAUAAGGGUCUGUGUGGAUUAUAGAGACCUUAAUUUGGCCACACCUAAAGACGUCUACCCCAUGCCGGUUGCGGACAUGUUGGUAGACGCAGUUGCAGGGCACGAACUGUUGUCUUUCAUGGACGGCACAGCGGGAUAUCACCAAAUUCCGGUUGCUGAGGAAGAUAGACACAAGACUGCAUUCCGCUGCCCUGGGUUCGCAGGAGUUUUUGAGUAUGUGGUUUACAUUGAUGACGUCGUCGUGAAGUCUAAGAAGAGUGGAGAUCACUUCACGGAUCUCAGAAAAGUUUUCGAGCGCAUGCAGCUACACAAGCUCAAGAUGAAUCCUGCCAAGUGUGUUUUUGGAGUUCAGGCAAGAGAUUUCCUGGGAUUCAUUGUCCAUCAAAGAGGCAUUGAGGUCCCUGAGGAUAAAGCAAACGCGGUCAUCAAUGCAUCUCCCCACGAACGAAGAAAGAGUUACAGCGACUACUGGUAUGUGCCACAGAAAGCAGUAGAGGGGCAAGCCAUAGCAGACUUUCUGGCACAUCACCCUAUGCUGGAUGUCCUCGCGGUUAGAGAUUUAGAGGUCGUUGCCACAACUUUAGAUCGCCCGGAUUUAGUGUGCUUGCCAGAGUACGCCGUGAUUUAUCAAGCCACAGUCUCACUCCAACCUUGGGUGUUAUAUUUUGACGGGUCAAGAACAGAUACGCUAGCAGGAGCAGGGGUUGUCUUGGAAAACCCGGCCGGCGAUCGAUUUUCCUACUCUUUCCAGUUGGAGUUCCAGUGUACCAAUAACCAAGCAGAGUAUGAGGCCCUCAUUAUAGGCCUAGAAGUACUACUGGAAAUGGGAAUCAGGGAUGUACAAAUACUUGGCGACUCUCUCUUGGUUAUCAAUCAGUUGUGCAACGAGUUCAGAUGCAAUAGCUUCACGUUGGUUCCUUAUGGGAACAGGGCAUUAAACCUGUUGGUCCAGUUUGAUAACAUACAUCUAGAGUACAUUCCUCGCGAGCAAAAUUUUGCAGCGAACGAGUUGGCCCAACUGGCAACAGGGGUAACAUUGAGAUAUGGCGUGCGGGAAAUAAUCCUUAAAGUCGAGCGUCGCACGCUUCCUUCAUGGAUGGUGAGAAGAGAUCCUCCAGAUGAUACCUCAGUCGCGACCCUGGAACCCAUUGACGUGGAUUGGCGCAUCCCUUUGAUCGCUUAUCUCAAGCAGCGAGAUCCCACUUCUGACAGGAAGAUUCGUUUUCUUGCACUAAAUUACUUUCUUAGAGGUGACGAGCUGAGACGACGCGGCGAAGAUGGCAUAGACUUCAGAUGUGUUUAUGGCUGUGAAGCGAAACAACUUAUGCGCGAAGUUCAUUCCGGCAUUUGCGGUGCUCACCAAGCAGGUCCAAAAAUGCGAUGGUUGCUCAGACGACAUGGAUAUUUUUGGCCCAGUAUCUUGAAGGAUUGCAUCGCAUUCGCUUUCAUGGGUGGUGAAGUUGAUAAACUGGCAAAGGAAUGGGGAAUACAUUUCGUCCAUUCCAGUCCUUAUUAUGCUCAGUCUAACGGUCAAGCGGAGGCCAGCAACAAAAUCAUCAUCACUUUGCUGAAGAAAAUGUUGGAAGCUAAUCCGCGACAAUGGCAUGAGACCCUUUAUGAGACUCUUUGGGCCUACCGCACAUCAAAGCGAAAUCCCACCGCGACUACACCUUAUGCUUUGAUGUUUGGCCAUGACGCAGUCCUGCCUUUGGAAGUCAACGUCCAAUCAUUACGAGUCCAAGAGCAACAUCAUCUCAUUGGAGAAGACUACGUUCAGGCUAUGUGGCAGGAACAUGAAGACCUUAGCGAAAAGCGCUUGGAGGCUUUAGAUAGUUUGGUCAUGGAAAAGCAACGAGUCGCUCGAGCCUAUGACAAGCGAACAAGGGGAAGGAAUUACAGUGAAGGAGAGUUGGUUUGGAAAGCAGUUCUCCCGCUUGGCGAAAAAUUAGAUGGUCGUGGCAAAUGGACUCCAAGAUGGGAAGGCCCGUACAUCAUUCAUAAAAUCUUAGGGAAAGGAGCUUUUCAUCUCAAGGACCUGGAUGGAGAUGUCCAUCAUAACCCUAUCAAUGGGAGAUACUUGAAGAAAUAG